AGAAAGAACACUAGAGUUUUCCCGGAGAAACCAGAAGAAAGAAGAAACUCCAUGCCAGCAGCAAUGGAGGUGCAGCCAAGUCAUUCUGAAUCAUUUGACCAGAGUCGAGAGAGCGUCCACGGUGAGGAGGAUCGGAUCAGUGAAUUGCCUAAUGAAAUUCGUGUUUCAAUCCUGUCGUUGUUGCCGAUAAAAGACGCAGCAAGAACCAGUGUUCUCUCUCGGCGAUGGAAACAUCUGUGGAGAUACUUCACAGGCAAUUUGUACCUGAGUACCUUGAACUCAACGAUAUGGAAAAUCGUGAGGGAAAUGAAAUCACUGAAAGUCGAAAGAUUCCACUUCAUAGGGUAUGUAAAUUCCAUUUUGGAGGUCCUUCAAUGUUCAAGUUUGGAUUCAUUUCGAGUUCGUUUCGAUUUGAACGAGCGAUCAAAACGAUAUAUCAACAGUUGGGUUGAGUUUGCAAUGACAAAGAGGGUUCAAAGGCUGGAGCUUGAUUUCACUCCUUUCUUCUAUGCAAAGAAGCUCUACAGUUUCCCUAAACUUCCUGGUAUUGAUUCCUUGAAAUCCAUUACUCUGAAAUAUGUUAAUGUGAGUGGAGAGCUUGUAGAGUACUUCAUGUCACAAUGUCCUUUGUUGGAGAAUUUAUCUGUGGCCUUUUCGGAGAAAUUAGUGAAUAUGAGGGUUGUGGGUGAUUUACUCAGCUUGAAGCGCUUGAAUGUAUCCAAUUGUGAAGAAUUGGAAAGAGUAGAAAUUUGUGCCAUAAAUCUUGUGUCUUUCAGAUAUUUUGGAAGAAGAAUUGAAUUACAUAUUCAAAAUGCACCCAACCUUGUCGAUUUAUCGAUAGGCGGGCGAUUUCAGGAGCUUGUUGAGUAUGUUGUUUGCCCACUUUCUGGCUAUCUUGCUCAGAUACAGAUUCUUACUCUAGGCAUGAACAUUUUAGAGGAAGAUUUGGAAUUCCCACAAUUACCAAAGUUGACAAAUCUUCGGCAACUGAAAUUAAGAGUCUUUGCACCUGAUGGGAAAUGCCUCCUUGGCUUAACAUCUCUGAUAGAGGCAUCACCUUUCUUGGAGAGAUUUACACUGAGGUUUGUAGGGAGUGGACAAUGGGGUGGAUCCAGGAGACAAAGAAUGGUGAAGAAGUCCAUGAACUAUCCCAAUAAGAAUCUCAAGGUGGUGGAAAUAGUUGGAUUUGUGGGUCAUGCAAAUGAUAUGGAGCUUGUCACUUACUUACUUGAAAGUGCCAGCAUGCUGGAAAAGAUGGUAGUUAAACUCUCUCAUCCAUUUAUAUUUGGGGCAUCUAGUGAGUGCAUGGAAGCUGAAAAAGAAGAAAUGGCAAGAAAGUGUUCCCUGAGACUAGAGCCGAAACUUCCACUGGGAGCUAAACUAGUUAUCUGUUAAUAACUUUGGACACUUUGGAAAAGUUGGCACAUUCUCUUGAGUGCUAACCAGAGAACUAGCUACCCAAGCCAAGUGCCUCUUUUCAAGUUUUUCCAAAAGAGCCCUCUUUUCUUGUGGGUGUGUUUUGGACUCCGGAGUAGUUGUUCAUAUGCAGAGGAUGUAAAGGCACUUAUGUGGACUGGAUUACCUUGUGCUUGGUUGACCGCCUCAUGGCAAGUUGCCAAAUCUGCUUAUGGUGACACCCUUUGUCAAACCCUAACCCUGUGGAUGUAUGUAUGAGGUCUAGUAAACUGGAGUGUGAAUGUGUGAUUCAAUUUCUUCUUACUGAUAUUAUUGGAUGGCAUUGUAUUGUAA